AUGGAAAUUCAACAAAAUUUGGAGUCAUUUGAUCCUCUUGAAGAAGAAAAAGAUUUUAUCAGUGAGCAAGCCUUCAAUGAUACCGAAGAAAAUAGUGCUACGUCCUCUAUAGAGCGUAUUAGUAAAGUAAAAAUUUUAAAGGAUGGGAAAGAUUUUGCAGAAAAUAAUCCUCGAUUUGAUGAUCUUUUGAGGAUUAUUGAUGAAUGUGAAAGAAAUAAUAAAAUCAACCUUGAUAGGCUCAAAAUCUUCACAGAAACCAUUGCGUUUAAUGAAAUCCCUUUAUGAAAACUUGUAGUUGCAAAUGAAGUUUCUUCUAAGACGCUAAAGAACGUAAUUUUUGAUGAACUAAAGCUCUACAAAGAGAGAAUAAAAAACGAUAUAUAUAGGCAUACAUUGAAUUCAGCAUUUUCCAAAGUAUAGCCCCUGAAAUAUUUAAGAUCAUUAUUGGCCAUGAUUUCAAUUUCCGAAAUUAAUUUAAUUUGCCAGCUUUUUUGAAAAGUAAAAACAAAAAUGACAAAUCUCCAUUUAUGGUUUUAAGGUGCCUAAUCAAACUUAUACUAUAUAUAAGGCAGGUGUCCAGUACCAUAUUUUUUCUGGUCGGUAUUUUGCUGGGGUAUAGAGAUCUAUUAGUGUGCAUGAAUUAUAGUUUCACAGCUGAAGAAGUUGAAGCUGAAGAUCGAAAACAUGGAGGCCCGAGAAAAUAGGCUUAGCUAUAACAUAUGAAAAGCAAUCAAAAGUAACAACUUACUUUGUAUAGCAUUUUUGAUAUUUUCAAGCUCUUCUCAUACUUCUCAAUCUUUUUCAAAACAUUUAGCUUAUUCAGUGACAUAUUUUCUUAUUGCUAAAAUGUUUGGUAUUAUCUGGGCACUUGUAUUUUUUGGUUUGCGAAAGCAUUUUGCUUCUCAUUAA